CGGGCGCCACACCUGGAAACAGACUGCAGAUCGCACACUCGGGACAGCGGUGCCCGUGAGCAUUUCUGGAAGCCAAGCCCCUGUCACAGAGGGAAGGACAGAGCAGGAGGCAGGCGGCAGGUGCCAUGGGGUCCCCCUCAGUCCCCGCCCGCAGAGGGCGCGCUCCCUGGCAGGGACUCCUGCUGGCCGGCUCACUCUUCACCUUCUGGAGCCCGCCCACCACUGCCCAAUUCACUAUUGAGUCAGUGCCGCCCGAUGCUGCUGAAGGGAAGGAUGUUCUUCUCCUUGUCCACAAUCUGCCUGAGGAUCUUGGAAAAUAUGAAUGGUUCAGAGCAGAAAAUGUGGACACCAGCAAGCAAAUUGCAUCAUAUAGAAUAGACAAUCAAGAAACUACCCGGGGGCCUGCAUACAGCGGUCGAGAGACGAUAUACCCCAAUGGCACCCUGCUGUUACAGAACGUCACCCUGAAGGACACAGGAUACUAUACCCUACAAAUCAUCACAAAACAUUUAUCAACUCUCAGAGCAACUGGACAGCUCCGUGUGUACCCGGAGUUACACAAACCCAGCAUCACAAGCAACAACUCCGAGCCCCAGGAGCACAAGGACCCUGCCAUGUUAACGUGUGAGCCUCACACUCAGAACACCACCUACCUGUGGUUGAUUGACAGUCUGAGUCUCCAGGAGAGCGCCAGGCUGGAGCUGUCGAAGGACAAUAGGACUCUCACUCUGCUCCGUGUCACAAGGAAUGACACAGGACCCUAUGAGUGUGAAACCCGGAACCCAGUCAGUGCCGGCCGCAGUGACCCAUUCACCCUGAAUGUUCUCUAUGGUCCGGACACCCCCACCAUUUCCCCCUCAGACUCCCAUUACCUACUGGGGGCCAACCUCAGGCUCUCCUGCCAUGCGGCUUCUAACCCUCCUGCACAGUAUCUGUGGCUUAUCAAUGGGAGACCCCAGCUAUUCACACAGGAGCUCUCUAUCCCCAACAUCACUGUGAAUAACAGUGGAUCCUACACCUGCCAUGCCCAUAACUCUGUCACUGGCCUCAAUAGGACCACAGUCAAGAACAUCACAGUGUCUGAGCCCGUGGGGAAGCCCUCCGUCCGAGCCAGCAACACCACCGUCACAGAGCAUAGGGACACUGUGGUCCUGACCUGCCUCACAAAUGACACUGGGAUCUCCACCCGGUGGUUCUUCAAUGACCAGAGUCUCCUGCUCACAGAGAGGAUGAAGCUGUCCCAGGACAACAGCACCCUCACCAUAGAGCCUGUCCGGAGGGAGGACGCUGGGGGUUAUCAGUGUGAGGUCUCCAACCCCGUCAGCUCCAGCAAAAGUGAGCCCCUCAGGCUGGAUGUUCAAUAUUCACCAGGAGGUCUCUCAGAUGGAGCCAUUGCCGGCAUCGUGAUCGGAGUCCUGGCCGGGCUAGCCCUGAUAGCAGCCCUGGUGUAUGUUCUGUGUAUCAGGAAGACUGGAGGGGCAAGCGACCUGCACGAUGUCACAGAGCACAAACCCUCAGCCUCCAACCACAGUCAGGGCCAUUCUGACAACUCACCUAACAAGAUCCCCGAAGUUACAUAUUCUUCCCUGAACUUCAAUGCCCAGGAAUCAAAGAAACCAACUUCAGCCUCCCCAUCCUCAACAGCCACAGAAAUGAUUUAUUCAGAAGUAAAAAAGAAGUAAUGCAACCUGCCCUGCUCACUGCACUGCUGGCUUAUUCCAAGCUUUUCGUGCCCAUAACCAGGAGAUCCCUUUACUCUCAGGGAAAGAAGAAGCCUUUUUCUCCACCCCCGCUUUCACUUCCUCAAGAGGCACCUCCAGGUGCACCUCCUGGGCACAGCCCCUCCCUUCACGGUUGAAGAGGUACAUCCGGGAGCCUGUAGGAAGCCCAGCCUUCCCUGUCUUUGAAAUCUGGCAAAGCAGACCUUGGGCGAGGGUUGACAGAACCUCCUGCUCCUCCCCCUUUUCUUGGACUUGUUCUAAACUUACCUAUACAGUGCAUAGUCAUUCCUUUCCGCCUCAGCCUUGUCCUAUUGGCCAUAACCCUGAGAGUUAUGUCCUUAUCUACUAAAACACAUGUGCCAGAGAAGAAGAGAGAGGAAAAGUAAAAGCGUCUCUUAUCUCUCCAAAGCCCAGUGAGAACCCACCACACACUGGAAAACAAAUGUGUAACCAGUUCUCAGCAGAAAAAUUCUAUACCUCUGCCUGCUGUCAGGGUGUCUACCUGUAGGACCAGAGCCUAAACAGCUUGCCGCUUGGCUAGAUGCCACCUAAGCCCUUUGGCAAGGCUGUCUUCCAAGAACACACCAAAAAAACUGCUUUUGUGCAUUUUUAAUAAUAGUAUGUUUUAAUAACUUCAAGUGCUUUUAUUCAAGGAAAUGCCUACAGAGGGAGGAGGUUGCAAUUUUAGGGGACAGUCAGCUCCUCAUUAAGAUAAUCUGCUGCAAAUUUCAGAAAGGAAUCAGAGAUUCCUUUCAGAGAUUAUUUAAUUAUUAAAGAAUGUACAAUUUGAGGUAUUGGGGCUUUUCCUGUUUCUGAGACAUUCCGCCAUUUUAAUUUUUUAACUCCUUAUUUAUGUGCAAGGGGUUAUCUUUACUUGGCUUUGCUGUGCAAAACAAUCUGAGGGCAUUAAGGCGAAAGAAGCCACCAGAAUCCCUCAGGACCCCUGGGCCAGGAGUUCCUCAAGGCGGCUACAUCAGGGGCUCCAAAUAGAAGAGCAGAAUCUGGUUCUUCGAUCGCGGCUAGAAGUGGGUCUAAAUCAGUUUCCAGGCAUUUCAGGCCGAUCAUCGCCACCAUUCGAUUCCAUGUUUCUGCCUGUGCCUGUCCUGUCCAUCGGCCCCACUCACUUUCCCAGGGAAGCUUGGCCUCUGCGGAGGUGUACUUGGUCCUUGAGAAGCGGGCACCCUGAAACGAGCACUGUCAAUCAUGCUGUUGACACUGCUUACAACCCAGAAAGUUGCCCUGGUGCUGACUCUCGCAAGGACACAGGAGGAUCACACUGGGCCCCAGGCUCCUUGAGCAGCCUCUGAAAUUCACUUCCUCCCAGGGGAGGAACGUAUCAGAAUAAAAAGGAAGAACAGGGGGAGAGGCAGAUGCACUGCCCUCCCAGACUUCUACACAGAUGACUCUCUUUGGGGCUGUUGAGACAACGAAUUCAUUCAAUAUUGAUUACUCAAUCUCAUGCUCUGUGUAAGAGGCCCCUCAGGGAGGGUGAGUUGAGAAUUCUCUGUACUCAGGUACCUCUUUCAGGGUUUUCUAACCCUGACACAAACCAAAUAUACUUCCCCUCAUCCAUGCUAUUCUGUGUUAUUUAAUUUUGCCUGGCUAACGCCACUUUCAAAUUAUUUGUAAAAUGUGUUCUAUAUUUAUAAUAAAAAAUUAUAUAUCAG